GCACCGCCCCCACGCGGGGAAGAUGGCGGCGGCCGAGGCGGCGUGGAAUAGGCUGGACGUGCCGUGGCCCGCGAGCAGCGCGACGGUGGCCCUGGCGGCCGAACACCCUGCAGGGAAGUGGCUGCCGGUGCUGCGGCGGCGGUGCGACACCGCCGGCAAGCGGCUGUCGGGAACAGGCCUGGCCGUCGAGGGACGCGUCCUGCGGGCCGUGCUCUACGUCUACCACAGCAGGCUGCUCCGGCACCGGCCCUACCUGGCCCUGCAGCAGGUAGAGCAAUGCUUGAAACGCGUGUGGAAAAUGAACUUGGUGGGCUGCAUUGAAAUUCUGGCAGGACUGAUUCCCAAGAAAAACACAUCCCAAGCCCACGCAGAAUGCUUAGUUCCCAGCCAGCCUAUACUGGAAACAGUGGCUCUGAAGGUAUUGGGAGGUUGCAAGCUCAUACUACGUCUACUGGACUGUUGCUGUAAAGCUUUUCUCUUGUCCAUUAAACAUCUCUGCUCGGAAGAAUUCAUACUUUUGAACACUGUGGCUUCAGGGUUGUUGAGCCGGCUAUGGAUUCAGUACAGGUGUGUAUUGCGGAGCCUCAUGUCCUUGUAUGGCACGUUGUUGACAUCACUUCAUCUGGUAUCCAAGACCCAACAGAUGCCUUAUAUCAAGGGGUUUACCUUCCCUUCUGAUAUCAGUAACUUCCUUGGAGUUAACAUUUCUUCUGAGGUGAAAAAGCAAAAGGCUAGAAUGCUUACAACAAAAAAACCUACCAGCUGGCUGAAGAAGUUCUUCCCAACAAUGCCAGAGGCAGCGUCAGAGCCUGGGAAAAAGAGAAAUCUUGCGACCUGCUUGAAUGCUGUGAAAAACUGUAGCAUCCCGUGCCCCAUGGACAUUGGAGAGCCAGUUCUGGUGACCAGAGCCAGCAGAGGGAAGCGCCAGGGGUUUGAUGUGAAGAGCUUACGUAGACCAUCCAGACUUCCAACACAAGAGGGUAUAAGCAUUGCAUCGACACCUUUUAAAGCCAAGUCGGCAUCACUCUUCUCUCGUAUAGCAAAAUUGCAGCAUACUGGAUCUCUUGUACAGAUGGUCCAAACAGCUAUGUCAUUUGGGGAACUGUCGGAGGCACUCAGAAAAGCUAUUCUGUGGUGCAAAGGCAACAAGUUCAAACCAGAAGCUUAUUUUCUGCGUAACAAGUUGUUGAAAAGCAACCGGUUGCACCACGUGGAGGCUCAAGGAUGCAGGUCAUCUGUGACUUGGGAAAGAACACACAAACUUUUGCUGAUGCCUGGAUCUGGUCAGGCAAAACUGAAGAUGAAACUUAACAAUAUAAGAUGGCUGAGCAAAAUACAAGAGUUAUUCCAGUAUUUAAAGCAUUUGUGAAUGAAGAUCUUUCGGCCAACGCAGCAGAAAACCUAGAUAUGGCCAGAGGUAAAGCUGGUUCUUCAGAACAAAACUGUACCUACCGUUUCUAGUACAGCUGUAAGAAAAUGUAUGGCCUAGCUCCACCUGUCUUCCGCUAAGGACACCUCAAGGCAACUGUACACACACAGGAGGAUCACAGGGUCCAGUUCACAGUCUGCUGCCAUUUCAAAGCAGUUUUUAUACAAAUGGAUUUACCAGACAUCCUUUAUGUAUUUGCGUGAUUAAUAAAAGACUUUGUAGCACUAGAAGGGGUUUUGUUCUGAAGAGGGACUAAAACCUGAACUGCAUUUUUUUUACAUAUACAGGCUUAUUUUCAGAGGCUCUUCAGUCAAGGCUGAGGCCUUGAAAAUGACAGCCUUGACAGGAUCGAUGCUUUUGGAAGAUCCUGGUUUUAAGAUACUAAGAAAAGGUUAUUCCUGAAGUGUUCACUUUGCACCUGUUCCAGCUGUCUAUAUACUACUGCACUUCCCCCUAGGAUCAAGCAUCCCAUUGGCUGGUUUGCCUUGGAGCAUUUUGGGCUUAGAGGUAAAACAUUAGAGAAUUACAGGUUUGAUCUCUGCUAAGAUGUGGAAACUAGAGAUCCACAUCUUUCUACUGCAUUCCUCACACACCCCCACUUCUUACACGUAUGCUGAAAACAGACCUCGCCUCAUGUCUAGUCUGAGAGUUACAAGAAAUUCAAUAAUGAAAGAAAACACUUGAAAUACCACCUUCUUGCCCUCAGAGUGGUUCACAAGAGGACUGCCCUUUCUUGAGGUUUAAACACUUAAUGUAAGUAACUUUGACAACCGCACACCCUCGUUUGGCAAUGUUAAGACAUGACAAGACCAAGUGCCAGGGUUUGACAUAGGCGCUUAAUAGCUUUGGUCUAAAUUCUCCCAUACAACUGGUGCUGUUGACAGCAGUCCUUUUGUCCGAUUGUGUACCUUGGAACUGGACAGCUUCGGGUGCCCUUAGCCAGGUACAGCUGCUUGUGGGACUCAGUUCCGCGAGCCGCUACAGUGCCCCUAAGGAGUACAGAGCAUCGGUAUUGUGCUUCAGCCACCAGGGUGGAACAGAUGCAGAUAGUGGACAAUGCGUCUCAUCUCUGGCAGUUCUUCCGAGUGCAGCUGUAGAGCUUAUGCUGGACUUAAACCACAAGGUAGAUGCAGCACUGACGGCUGAUAAAGUGCAGAAGAAGAGCUCCCCUAGUUGUCAGUCUUUUAUUCCACUCUGUUUCAAGCCAACAGUGAUCAAAAAGUAGACCCCAUUAAAGUUGUGUCCUUUCCUUCAUCCACCUGGAUCAGGGACACCUCAGUGUAUGCAAGCGAGGCAUGCUAUCACACCACACCUAUUGAACGCACAAUGCAGGAGAGUUAGAAAAGUAAAAUAUACAAGUCCUAAACACACCUUCCCAGACAGCGUGCUGGCUGUUUCCACUCUAAAUCGCCUUAGAGCAGGCAGGUUGCAGAGGUGCCAGUUUUUGGGCCCUGCUACAUAAGCUGAGAGAAGUAAACCUCUGUGUAUUAUUCAACUGGGCAAGUACAGUUUGCUUAACAUCAGAGCUACAGUUUUUCUUAACUAACUGCUUUUUUAUUAAUGAGAUCACCAGACUAUCUCUAGUAUCCUAAAUAUAUUGGAGCUUAGGCAUGCUGUGGUAGCUUUUUGAACACUUAACUGGAGGGAGAGGAAAUGCUGUAUUAAAAUUUAGCUUCUCUUUGGAGGUUCUCUGCUUUUUAUUCCUUAGCACAAUCAUGUAGGUUUUACAAAACAGUUUUAAAAUAAUCUGGAUUCAUUCAUAGUGCAAUCUUCCUGAAUGGAUGAUGUUAUUAAACAAAAAGUUUAGCCUUACAAACAUUAAUUUAUCCAAAAAUGUAUACAAGUUUAUCCAAAAAUAAAUUCUAGUACCUCGGGUUAUUUACAACCAAAACCCA